GUCCAGAUGGGGCAAUCUCGAGACCAUUAUGCGGACAAGACUACUGUAUUAAUAACUUCUAGAGGUUUUACUUACAGUUUAAGUACGUUUUGUCUUUGUUUCUGAUCAGAACAAGUGAAUUAUUUGAAGAUUUUGCCCGCAAACUAUUCAGUCUUGCGAAGACGAGUCUAUAAUAACAAAGGAACCGAAACUCUUAGUUAGGGUCUUGAAUCUUUUUUUGGUAUCCUACAAACUGGCAAUGGAAGAUUCGGACACCAGAGCAAUUCUUCCCGAAGAUACUCUAUCGUCUGUAGACGACGACAUACCGAUAAAUGACACAUUUUGUAAUAACGAGGAGGUUGAGAAUAAGGGACACAUUUGCUAUAGACGGCCGCCGUUCGCUUGCCCGCUUUCGGUUUCUGUUGAACCCGUGUUGUUCUUAUCGAUGUUCUCACUGUCUCUUCAGUGGCCGCUGUCUACGCAGUACCUAUGGGACCGCAUCAGUGAAGACGUUGGUUACAACGGAACAAAAGGAGGGGGAUGUGCCAACACUUCUGGGCCCCCAGACCCACUUCAAAAGGAGGUAGAGACCCUGACAGCCCACUGGAACCUGUACAUCAACUUGGGAGGAUUUGCAGUGGGGCUGUUUGUGGUGACUCUGCUUGGCUCCUGGAGUGACCAGGGGGGCCGGCGCCCCGUGCUCAUCCUGCCCAGCCUGGGUCUGGCCCUGCAGGCUGGGGUCUACCUGCUGGUCAUGUACCUCAAGCUGCCCGUGGCCUGGUUCCUCCUGGGCAGGCUGCUCUCAGGCCUCUCAGGCGACUUCAACAGCAUCCUGGCAGGCUGCUUUGCCUAUGUGGCUGAUACUAGCGACAGGGGCUCCCGGACCUUCAGGGUGGCAGUGCUGGAGGCCUGUCUGGGACUGGCUGGCAUGCUGGCCAGUAUCAUAGGGGGGCAGUGGCGGCGGGCACAAGGGUACAUUAACCCAUUCUGGCUGGUGCUGGCCACUAACCUGGCUGCUGCCCUCUAUGCCUACCUGUUUGUACCCGAGUCCGUCACCCCUGACCCCAGUGCCAAACUCUUUACCACCCGUCACCACCGCGCCGUCUACCGCCUCUACUCUGCACUAGGCGACCCCACUGAGGUCGGCAGUUACACAAAAUGGAGGAGGUACAAACUGUGGCUGUACAUCUUCUGCUUCUUCCUGGUGGUGACGGUCCACUUUGGCAGCCGCGAGCUGUAUGUUCUGUAUGAGCUGAGCUCUCCGCUGUGCUGGGGCCCAGGGCUGAUCGGCUGGGGCUCUGCAGCCCAGAACCUGGCCUACCUCAGCAGCCUUCUGGGGUUGAGGACCUUGCAGCGAUGCCUAGAGGACUCCUGGGUGUCUCUGGUGGGACUGGCCUCAAACAUGACUGGCCUGGUGGUCAUCUCACUGGCCAACACUACUGAACUCAUGUUCACAGGCUAUGGGCUGUGCUUCCUCUACAUGGCAGCCACUCCAGUCCUCAGGGCCAAGCUGUCCAAACUGGUGGGGCCUGAAGAACAAGGUGCGUUGUUUGCGUCGGUGGCCUGUGUGGAGGGGCUGUGUUCCCUGGUGGCCAGCAGCCUCUUUAACACUCUCUACCCAGCCACCCUGCACAUCAUGAAGGGAUUCCCCUUCCUGUUCGGAGCCCUCCUCCUCCUCAUCCCUACAGGGAUCAUUGGGAUAGUUGAGUGUCGGGAUCAGAGAACAGACAGAAGAGAGGACUCUGCAACAUCCUGACAGACAGACAGACAGACAGACAGACAGACAGACAGACAGACAGACAGACAGACAGACAGACAGACGGACGGUUAGUAGAUAAACUUCUUCACAUCACAGCUUGAGCGUCUGGAAGGCCACAGCCUCUGCUGCCCUACAUACACCUUUUUACCAGUGUGCUGGAGAGGUAGCUGACUGUCAUUAGACCACACAAAGUUUGGAUUCCGUGGCUUCAACACCAAAAGACCAAAAAGCUGGAACCACCAGCCAACUCCCCAUGUCAGACAUCACUGUGCACUACGUCAUGUGAGACUAGAAGAGAAAGAGGUCUGGGUUCCCUGUUGUAUUUUAAACUGAAAACCUAAUGUGAGCUGACAUACAAUUGUGGUCAAAUAAUACCCACAGUACUAUAUCAAACUAUCCAAGGGCAGGCAGAAAAUACAUGACUCAGAAAAUAUGAAAUUCAAUAACAGUGCAUCUCAAUGUCACCAUAGCAUGCGAGCAGCAGGUAGAUCGACUUUAGCCCAACUUGUCCAGACUCAACCAUUAGUAUCUCUGAACAAAACGAGACCCAUCCGCUUCUAACAGCAGUCAGGGAGUACUGAGUUACACUGCUUACAGUUUACUGUCAUCCCUCCAUUCAACAGAUAGCCCAGUCUAACCCCUUAAGUGCCCUAACACAGCAACCCUGUCACCCCUCCAUACUAUACAAUAGAUAGGAGUGUGUGUGUGUGUGUGUGUGUGUGUGUGUGUGUGUGUGUGUGUGUGUGUGUGUGUGUGUGUGUGUGUGUGUGUGUGUGUGUGUGUGUGUGUGUGUGUGUGUGUGUGUGUGUGUGUGUGUGUGUGUGUGUGUCAUUAGAUGGCCUAGUCUAAACUCCCUGCUCCCUAAAGUGUUCCCACAUAGCAACACAUGAUAACCCCCCAGCACAAGGCCACAGCUAGCUCACACACACCACACACACUGUCCUGGGUUCAACCCUCAGUAGCACAGGGGGCAACCAGAUCUCUUAUAACACAUUUAAAAGGAUGCAACAGAAACUGAGGGGUUGGGGCCAGGGGGAGAGUUGAAGCAUUACUGUCACUCAGUAUUUGGGAUGAUAUAUUUUGAUUUGCUGUUAGGGAGGAAGGCCUGCGAUAGCCUACUGGCUUUCUGUCUUCUGAAAUCAUGUAACCAAUGUGUUCAAUGCACUGACUGGAAGUUGCUUUGGAUAAGAGUUUCUGCUCAGUAUUGUGAUUUGAUUUUAUUGUCUGUACCGUACAGUAUUACUGAUUUUUAAAUACUGAAUGAUAUUUAUCAUCUUUAGAAAAUGGAACGAAUGAAUAAUUGAAUCAUACCAAUGAUAUAUAUUUGACACUUAAAGUUAAGUGGCUUCUUGAAAUGAAAUGAUAUUGCCUUAUAAAACAUUUAUAGCACCUUGUAGAUGCUGAUGUGGAAAGCCAAUUAUAUAUUUGAUAACACUUAACUGGCUUCUUAUGAAAUGUUAUUGCCUUAUAAAACAUUUAUAGCACCUUGUAGAUGCAGAAGUGGAACAUAUGAAACUCUACAAUAAAGCAAGCCACAAAAGGGCAUGGUAUAUGAUGAGUGUUUCACAACUAGGGGCCUUCUGCCUCAUGCCUUACUGAUUUACCGUUUCAUAAUACCAUUGAAUCUAUUAGCUGCUAUGAAUAUGUUAAUAAUAAUAAUAAGGCAAUAUAACGCUUCAUAAGAAUCCAUUUCAAGUAGUGUUGCACUAUAUUGUAAUGCACAGAAAGAUUCACAGAUUUACUGUAUCCUGGGGUAGUUGUUUUUAUUGCGCUACUAUAUUGUAAAAUGACAACAAUGCCUAAAUCUUGAAUAAAGAAAGUAAACAAGAA